AUGCCGAUGGUAUUGAAGCUGGUAUGCAAUUAUGCGAAAGCUUGCACUGGCCAAGACAGAGUUCACAUCAGCUCUAACGAAGCCGUGUACAUGGAGACAGGGAAUGCGGGUGGACCGCCCCAUUUUUCAUACAGCCUCGGAGACGUAGGCAGUUCUCUUCCGAUCUGGACCACCCCCGACCUCGUGAAACACCCCCGACAGGCUUCGAGCCGUGACGCGGCACGUGUGCAGUGGAAAACACAUAACUUUAUGGGCCAGGUAGUUGUAACUCUGUUGGUUGCUAUGACGUGUCUGACUUAA